UUAUAACUGAUUAACAAAUUAAUUACAAUUAAAAUUACAAUGUUGGAAGCGGCUGCUGUGCUCUUUACCAUACAAAUACCCACUACUGCAGAGGAGCAGCGGCUAAAGCUGAAGAAGCGGCAACAAAGAGAACGAGAAGCAACAACAAAAACAAAACAAGCGGAGCCCUGUACUCUAAGAAUUAGCCCAGCUAAUGAGUCAACUGUUGUAAAACGUCCAGCAACACAGCUGGCAGAUGUUGUUGAGCAUGUGGAGCUAAAUGGUACGCCACUGGACACCGCCAUGGAGGAAGUGCUGCGUCAGAUUUUGCACAAAUUUAAUAUCAACAAUGCCAUGUGGCUGCGUAACUUGGAGGGCAAUGCCUAUCAAAUAACCUUCAGCUUGGAGUUUGAUGAGCUAUAUGAGAAUUUAUCUGAGGCACUGCAGCAGUUUGGGAUUGGUGAUCGCGAGGGAUCCACAGUCUCCGUCACGAAUUGCAUUGCCUCCACAUCAUUUGCCACCAAUAGCAAGGAAGCCGGAAAGAAACCCAUUGACAAAUGCAGCGGCGCAAUCAAUAAUAAUGCACACAAGCAUAGCGGAUGGAAUCGCUUCAUGAACUCCGUGCGCUCACGUUUAAAUGUGACGCAAAUUGUCCGGGACGUGCGUCAGGACGCGGCCAUCACAUUUGACUUUUGCAUACUGCUUGUGUCAGCAGCCAUUUUAGCUUCCUUUGGCCUGGUAGAGAAUAGCACCAUAUUUCUGGCCUCCAGCAUGCUGAUUUCGCCGUUGAUGGGUCCCAAUAUAGCUGCUAUAUUUGGUACAGUCAUUCAGGAGCGUUCUUUACGUCGUUUGGGUAUGCGCAAUGAACUGAUAGGCAUUUUAAUGGCCACCUUGGUUGGUUUCCUCUUUGGCUUGGUGGUCUGCACUACGGACAAGAAGUACGGCAUAGGCGAGGGGCUUACGGAGGAGAUGCUAUCACGUUGCGAUGUGCACUCAUUGGUGGUGGGUCUGUUUACGGCUAUACCGUCUGGCGCGGCGGCUGCUAUUGGCAUACUGGGUGGCAACAUAGGCUCACUGGUAGGUGUGGCUAUCUCGGCGUCUUUGUUGCCACCUGCAGUCAACUCGGGUUUGCUUUGGGCACUUGCUUGCAUAUACAAGCUGUUUGAGCACGACGAUUCACUUUAUGUAGAUGUGGUCAAGUCGCGUAAAUACUCAGACAAUCAGGCCACGGAGCUGGCCGUGCUAGGCGGCAUUAGCAUGUGCCUGACGCUAUCCAACGUGCUCUUCAUUUAUAUGAUGGGAAUACUGGUGCUCAAGGUUAAACAGAUUGCGCCGGUUAUUGGACGCAGCAAUAGACAGUUUUGGAAACAUGACAUAAAGCUGUCGCGUGGCGAUGCAGCUAUCAUAGAUCAAUUGCUGGCCAACUUGGCUAAGGAGCAGCCACAGGAUAUGCAUGAUGAUUUCUUGCGGCAGCUUGAUGAGCACGCUUAUCAACAUACUUGGUCACCACGCUCUAUACGCCAUAGUUUCUCCACUCAGCAACCCUAUUGUAAUGUCUCCACUAUACAUCGUCUGGAGCAGCUAUACAAGAAUGCCGCCUCUGAAAGGCUAAAUCCAGAAGAACCAACAGCGCGGCCGCGCUUAAAUAGUAUGCCCUCGCAUCCAAACUUGAUGAAGCUGCCUCUACCGACCACCUUCAUUAAUAUGCCAGUGCCUCGUUUUACUGUGACGCCCGCUGCCGAGGAUGUGCUACACAAAUAGUUUUAAGUGAUCAAACAAGCUU